CUUUGGAUAUGUCACUAUUUUUUGAUCUCUCUUCAAAGGAUGUGACGUGAAGAGAAGUGUUCCCGAAAGAAAAGUUAUUAAGAUGACUCAAGCAAGGACUCUGGAGGUUGGAGAGCAAUCUGCCGCCAAGGAAACGGGGGUAACAGAAGUCAGCAAGGCACCAUCAACAUCGCAAAAUCCAUCCGAAAAGGCGCCAGCAACGCCACAGGAGCUGGCUGAGAAGGCACCAUCGACGACACCAAAGCCUGCUGAAAAGGCACCAUCAACAACACCAAAGCCUGCUGAGAAGGCACCAUCGACGACACCAAAGCCUGCUGAGAAGGCACCAUCAACGCCACAGGAGCUGGCUGAGAAGGCACCAUCAACAACACCAAAGCCUGCUGAGAAGGCACCAUCAACGCCACAAAAGCCAACUGAAAAGGAACCAUCAACCACACAAAUGCCAGCUGAAAAGGCACUAUCAACGACACCAAAGCCAGCUGAAAAGGCACCAUCGACGACACCAAAGCCUGCUGAAAAGGCAUCAUCAACAACACCAAAGCCAUCUGAAAAGGCACCAUCGACGCCACAAAAGCCAGUUGAAAAGGCACCAUCGACAACACCAAAGCCUGCUGAAAAGGCACCAUCAACAACACCAAAGCCUGCUGAAAAGGUACCAUCAACAACACCAAAGCCUGAUGAAAAGGUAUCAUCAACAACGCCAAAGCCUGCUGAAAAGGAACCAACAACGCCACAAAAGCCAGCCGAAAAGGCACCAUCAAAGCCAGCUGAAAAAAGAUCUCCUUCCUCAGGAUCAACGAAAUCACGUUCUUUGACACCCCACGAGCGGGAAACUGCAGCAAUUGUGGAGCAUCUCCGUGGGGAGUCCCAACAAAGCACUCUUUCCAGCAAAGGUGCCACAGGUGUCCCAUCAGAGUCUAAACCUAAGACACAAGGAAAUAAAGAAGAAAAGGAGAGGGCUCCUUCAAGGGAAGAUAGCUACUCAUACUCGGAAGCUUUUGAGACGCCUCAACAGAGCUUCAUAAAAUCUAAAGAUGUAUCUUUCGUCGACUCAAUUGCAAGCAAAAAGUCCAAAGAUAAACGGGAAUCGAAAAAUGACAACUAUUCCUCGGAUUCUUCAGCAUCUUCCAAAAGCAGCAGGUCCUCCCAAUCAUCAAAGAGUAGCAAAUCUUCAAGGAGCUCUAGAAGCAGCCGCUCUUCCCACUCUUCAAAAAGCAAGCAUUCGUCGAGAAGUUCUUCAAGCUCUUCGAGUAGAGGCAAGUCUCCUAAAAGCAAAAAGGCUGCUAAGUCUCCCAAAAGCCAGAAAUCCGCUAGAUCCCCAAUAAGUAGACAAUCUUCAUCCGUUUCAAAAGAAAAAUCUUCCGCUUCGAUUGCUAAGAACGUCAAGAAAUCUGAAUCUGGCAUGUUCACUCCAGAUGUUGAAGAAACUGCAAACCUUGUCGCUGCUGUUGGCAAAGACAAAUCGUCCGCUUCAAUUGAUAAAAAGUUUGAAUCAGGCAUAUUAACUCCAGAUACCAAAGAAGCCGCAAUCUUACUCUCUGCAGCUGGAAAAGAAAAAUCAUCAGCCUCUUCAAAAGAUGUCAAGACUCCAAAGCCAGAAAAAGACCAAUCUUCAAAGGAUGUCAAGACUCCAAAGCCAGAAAAAGACCAAUCUUCAAAGGAUGCCAAGACUCCAAAGCCAGAAAAAGACCAAUCUUCAAAGGAUGCCAAGACUCCAAAGCCAUACAAAGACCAAUCUAUGUCCGUGACUGGCUUGAAACUAGAUUCGAUCAAUAAAAAUCUGCCGACAUUGGAUGUUAAAAAGUUGGGCGGUGACAGCGAAGUUGAAACGUCUGUGUCAGCAACUGCUGAAAAGAUAAGCAAACCAGAUGUUUCACUUAAAACAGAAAAAUCAGAAUCCAUACCUUCUGUUUCACCAAACGUACCUGCCGUGGCGACAACCGAAGUUGCGAAAUCAGAAGUGAAAUCUGCAACUUCAGUGGUCGAAAGUUCAGUAGCAGUUGCUGAAACUUCGGUUUCAGUUAAAAAGGCAAUUGGUGUCGACGAAAAGGUUGUUGAGCAGACUGGUAAGCUGAGUACACCCAAAAAAGAUGCUGAAAUCUCACUCUCCAAACCGAAAACUCCAAAAGGUACUCAGGGGGAAAACAAAGUUAUCAGUGAAUCAAUAAAAGUGGAACACGAAAUCAAAGAAAUCAAAAAUGAAUUUGAUCUGAAGGCUCAGUCAUCGAUCGCUGAAACAACAAAAUCCAGAAAGUCGAGCGCCAAAAGUAAGAAAUCCAGGAAGUCAAGUGCGGAAUCGAACAAACGUAGCAAAAAUUCAGACUCAGACAGUUCCGAUGAAGACGGAAAGAAAGGUGUAUCAAUUGCUAUUAAAAAGGAGAUGGAGUUCGAAACAGGAGUCCUGCAAACUAAAGAAAAGGUGGUUGAAAAGCUGGAUGCGCCAAAAUUGGAUAAGAUUAAUGUAGCGGACGAUUUAGAGAAGAAGUCUAGAGCUAGCAAAUCUGGUAGGUCCUCCAAAUCAAGAAAGUCUUCUGAAUCAUCUGAUAAAUCAGGGAGUGACUAUUCAUUCGAUUCAGCGACUCCUCGGCCACAAUCUGAUCAAAGAUCACGCACCACUUCAGGUACCUUGACACCGACGAGGAAAAGCCCUGCUCAAAGAUCUGAUUCAGAUCAAACCGGUAGUGCUUCCAAACAAUCUCCACAAUCAAAGCCGAUCAGCAGAUUGUCUCCAAAAAGUGAGUCAAAGAAAGAAGGAGAAUUUGGGUUAGAUUUAAAAUUAAAGAGCCCAACAAAAGAUCAAGAUAAGAGUUCAAAAGGAGGGAUGGGAUUAGAUCUAAAAUUAAAAAGCCCAAAUCACGACAAUAGCUCAAAAGGAAGCUCAAGAGCUUCUUCAGUUAUCAGUCCUCUGAAACCUAUGAGGAGUCCACAGAAAGCUAUGAGUGGUUCUGCAAAGAACCUCGCCGAGGGAGCCUCCUCCGCAGCCCGACAAGCACUGGAAAGUAGGGAAUCAGUGGGGAGCUCUAGAGUUACAGACAGUAGAACAUCUACCGUUUCAGCAAGGAGUCUCAAAUCUAAAACAGAGUACGUUGAAGAAAAGAAAUACCUAAGAUCUCUUCAGGGUGAUAACUCUGACUAUGACCUUGACAUGUCCAAUUGCAGUGCCAUCUCGAAAACUGCGACUCCACCGGCGAAGUCAGCAGCAUCAUCACGUGCUUCAACAGUAAAAGGCAAGUCCUCUAAAUCGCCAGCUCACAGUGAUAGCAGUUCAUCAGAGUCAGAACAGGAAUAUGACAAGCGAAAGUCUCCAGGCAGUAAAAUAAGUGUAAGAAGUAAGUCCCGUUCUAAGCCAAUGGGUAUGGUUGGAUUCGAACUGAGCGAUGAUCGAGAUCAGGGUUCCAUUUCAGACAGCUCAGAAGAUGUAAAGGUAACGGCAGCGGUAGGAAGGCUCAGUAAAAAGUCCAUAAGAUCUCCCCAAUAUGGUAGUAGACCUUCAUCGUCCGCUUCAAACAAAUCAAGAAUAUUGUCAGCCCGAGAAUACGCCAAGAAAAAACAGGUCUCAACUGUCGCCAAAAAGGAUUCAGACUCGUCCGAUAAUUAUUCUGAUAUAUUCUCCAGCGACGAUGAAAAGAAAUCUAAAAAAGAUAAACCACACUCUAGGAAGUCAUCAGCCAAAUCGGAUCACUCAAAAAAGUCAGCAAAAUCAGAUCAUUCCAAGAAAUCCAGAAGUUCAAGUGCGAGCUCCAAAUCCUCGCACUCAGCAGCUGCAAAGAGUAUGGUGGACGAACUAUUAGCUCUUGAAGAAUCAAUCCUGCCAGGUGAGAAAGUUGAAAAGGUUGAAAUGGCGAAAAAAGAAGAUUCUGGCUCCGGCUCGUCAUCUGAUGAUUCCAUGUUCGAGGCUGCAAAGGAUUCCUCUUCAUCUGAAAGUGAUGCAUCAAAGUCUAAAGCCAGCUCAAGGUCAGGCUCAAAAGCGAGUAACGCGUCCGCAAAAAUAACCAGGGUUUUUAGUGUGCACUCCGAUCUUGGCAAAUCAACUCCUGUUAGCCUAAAAGAGAGCCGAGCAUCCAGUAAAAGUUCCAUUUCCAAGGUCUCAAGUCGAGCAUCAAGCGCUUCCUCAAAAUCAAGCGCUUCCUCCAAAUCAAGUAAGGGUUUCCUUUCUAAUCUAAGGGGUUCUUCCAGCGCUAGUUCUAAAUCAAGUGCAUCUUCACAUAGAAGUUCGAGCAAAGCGUCUUCAAAGAAAAGUAGUCGUGUAUCAAAAGCUCAUUCUUACUCAAGUUCCGAUUCAGACUACGAGGGGGCAGCAGGGAAAAGUGACUCCCACCACUCUUCCUCCAGCAGUAGUGAAUCAGACGCACCUCUGCAAGUUUCAAGAGCAUCAACCCGUUCUGAAAAAUCAAUCUCACGAGCAAGCUCUAUAUCUAAACACUCUCUGAGGAGUCAAUCUUCACGGGCGAGCUCCAAACACUCAUUUGCCAGCUCCAAAUCAUCAGCAAGUUCCAGACACAGCAAAUCCCGAGCAAGUUUAGCGUAUUCUGUUGAAAAAGAGAAGAGUUUCUACUCCGAUACGGAGUCAGAAGCUGAACCCCAAAUAGUGGCACCUAGAGCCCUUACAAGAUCUGGUCUCAGUCACUAUAGUGCUAGUGGAGACGAACAGGGGUACAGUGAUGAGGAAGAGGCGACAGUCGGUCCUCUUCCACCUAUUGACGAUAAACCUAUCACUGCUGCCAGAGAAGAUGCUCUUCCACCCGUCACGAUUCGAAAGAGACCGAAAAUGUCGCGUGAAAGCACAAGCAUGAAAGCGUUAUUGAUGGUAAGCCAGCAGAUGAAGAAGGAUGGUGCAAAGAAACCAACUGCAAAGUAUGCGGCUUCUCUCGGGCCCUAUCGUGCAACCGGACAUGUUUUCGAGUACAUCAAUCAGCCUGAGAGACCCACAACGGGUGUCAUAAGAUCUCGACCGACUGUGCUAGAACUUGUUGGGUUAGCUGGAGGAGGAUUGAAUUCUACGGAAUUCGGAAUAGAGCGAGAACUAACAUCCGUUUCAAUCACCGGAAAACGGCCGAAAGUGAUCCCGCUAAGUGCCGAACCACUGCCACCAUUCCCGCGACUAGGAGCAGUGUCCAACUACCAGUCUAGUGUCAGAGGGAAGCUCACAUACAAUGAUGUGUCUCAAGCCAGAGCCACAAUCCAGCUGGAAAGGAAGAGGAGACAGCAGGCCAGAACUCAAGCUGAGUACGAGAUAACCCGGAAAACAUGGUCAAGGUUCCAACUGAACCGUAUCCCCUCCAACAACUCAGCCAAUCACUUCCUUCGAGCUGCCAACAACUACUUUCAGUCCACUGGAUCCUACCGAGCUAUGAGGGAAAAUGUUCAGACCUGAUCACGUGAUAAGGAGUAGUGUUUAGCUGACGUUACCAUGGUUACCACGGUUACCACGGUUACCACGGUUACCAGCGGAGCUGUGUGAGAUUGUGCUCAAAUUAUACUCAGUCAUAGUGGUGAGGAACUCGCCAGAAAUGUCGUGCAGUUAUUUAAGUUUUAGUCAGAGGAAAAAAGUGACUGGAGCUGUUUUUUGCAGUGCACUUGUUUUCAAUUCUUCGGCAAACAUCGUUGCAGUGCAGAUUUCUUUAAAGUUGUUAGAAUCAUCUCUUUUAAAAACUAGUCCGAUCAGCAAAAAGUUCAUGGUCGAAUGUGUAAAAGUAAUGCGAUCAUCUGAUAAACUAGUUAGACAAUUUAUAGGGCAAGCCUCAAAUUAUGUACUCUUUCAACCGAUCAGUUUUGAUAGCAAGAAACUUGGAACGUCGUAGCUCAAGAUUUCCGAUAUUUGAUAUUUUACCUUUAAAAAAAUAUUUGUGGCUCAAGUAGAUUUGAUUAUUUCUUAUAUUGCUAUAUUCAUAAGAAGUUGUCUAUUUUGAAUUUAACACUGAAA